GUGGCCUUUUCUAAGACGCAGAGGGGCAAUGCAAAAGAUAUUUGGAAAUGCCUUCCAGAAAUAACAUCACAAAAAAUUCAUCCAAGUUAAAGGACUGUCAGCAAAUGCUAAACGACACCCAUACAGAAGGUACAGAGAGAAUAAAAGUGAAGAGGAGGCAAACUGAAAAAUGCUGUGCAACAGAAACAGAUACCAUCCUAAGCAGUCCCGAAUUAGAUAAGAAGCAGAGAAAUUAUUCCAAGAAGGGUGAAGAUCUGUCUCGAGAUGAUCUUUUAUUUCUUUUGAGUGUGCUUGAGGGUGAAUUACAGGCUCAGGAUGAAGUCAUUGCAGUUUUAAAGGCUGAAAAAAUCAAUCUGGCUUUACUUGAAGCCCAGUAUGGCUUUGUCACUCCAAAGAAGGUCCUUGAGGCGCUUCAGCGAGAUGCUAUACAAGCCAAAGCUACACUGUGGCAGGAGGAUAUCUAUGAAAAGCCCAUGGGAGAGCUCGACAAAGUAAUGGAAAAACAUAAAGAAAGCCACAGACGGAUGCUGGAGCAGCUCUUAAUGGUAGAAAAAUCUCAUAGGCAAACUCUUUACGAUCUGGAAGAUGAGAAGAGGAAACAUGCCGAAUACAUGGAGAAAAGUGAUGAGUUUACUAAUUUACUGGAACAAGAACAAGAAAGGUUGAAAAAGCUUAUUGAGCAAGACGCAGCAUAUCAGGCAAAGAAAGAGAAGGAAAACAACAAGAAAAUAAACAGAUUGAAGGAGGAACUGACAAAACUCAAGUCAUUUGCAUUAAUGGUAGUGGAUGAACAGCAACAGCUUACAGAACAGCUGAGCCUCCAAAGCCAAAAAAUACAAGAGCUAACCAUCAGCGCAAAACAAGCACAUGAGAAACUUUCACUUGCAGAAACAAAAGCUCAAGAAGAAGAGCAGAGAGCUCUUGGGCUUGAAGCCAAGCUUCAGGCCCAAACCAGUAAGGUCUCCCUGGAACAAGACGCUAUUAUGGCCAAAUUAACCAAUGAAGAAAGCCAAAACCGCCAGCUACGCUUAAAACUAACAGCCCUCAGUCGACAAAUUGAUGAACUUGAAGAAACUAAUAAGUCCUUACGAAAGGCAGAAGAAGAACUGCAGGACCUGAGAGAGAAAAUAAACAAAGGAGAAUGUGGAAAUUCUAUCCUUAUGUCUGAAGUGGAGGAACUAAGGAAAAGAGUACUGGAGAUGGAAGGGAAAGAUGAAGAGCUCAUAAAAAUGGAAGAGCAAUGCAGGGAGCUCCAUAAGAAGCUAGAAAAGGAAGCCUCACAAAGUAAAAACUUUAAAGUAGAAGUUGACAAGCUGAACAAGAGAAUUAUGGAGCUUGAGAAACUAGAGGAUGCUUUCAGCAGGAGCAAGCAGGAAUGUUACACUCUGAAAUGCAACCUUGAAAAAGAAAAGUUGUUAACCAAGCAGCUGUCGCAGGAACUAAAUGGCUUAAAAGCUCGUAUGGGAGAACUCGAAACCAUUGAAAGUAAAUUGGAAAAAACAGAGCACACACUUAAAGAAGAUUUGACUAAAUUGAAAACAUUGACAGUAAUGCUUGUGGACGAAAGAAAAUCAAUGAAUGAAAAAAUAAAACAAACAGAAGAAAAACUAAACAAUGCAAAUUCUCAGCUACAGCUAGAGCAAAAAAAGGUCAUGUCAGUCACAGAAAGACUGAUAGAGGAGAGUAAAAAGGCACUGAAAUCGAAGACUGAUGCAGAGGAAAAAAUGUCCAGUCUCACAAAGGAAAGGGAUGAGCUAAAAAAUAAACUAAAAGCAGAAGAAGAGAAAGGGAAUGAUCUCUCUUCCAAAGUGAACCUGCUAAGGAAAAAACUUCAAUCCCUAGAAGCCAUUGAAAAAGAAUUUCUCAAAAAUAAACUGAAAGAGACAGCCAAACCUAGCCCAUCUUUCCAGCAGGAAAACAACAAGAUUAAAGAACUAGCCCAGGAAAUUGAGGGACUCAAACACAAACUUAAAGAAAUGAAGGCCAUAGAAGAUGACCUCAUGAAAACAGAAGAUGAGUUUGAAUCUUUAGAACGGAGAUAUGUUAGCGAGCAAGACAAAGCCAGAUUUCUGUCAGAGGAACUUGAGGCUGUGAAAAGGGAACUUGCCCGGUAUAAGUUAGCAGAGAAAUCAGAAUGUAACCAUGAACAGAGAUUAUUCCAAAAAUUCAAAGAAGAAGCAGCCAAGUCAGGGCACCUUUCAAGGGAGGUAGAUGCACUGAAGGAAAAAAUUCAUGAAUAUAUGGCAACAGAGGAUAUUAUAUGCCAUUUAAGAGAAGACCACACAAUUCUGCAGAAGAAACUCACUCACCAAGAAAACAAAAAUAAAGAAUUAGGAAGAGAAAUGGAAAUCCUUUCUAAAGAACUCGAAAGGUACAGAAGAUUCAGUAAAAGCCUUAGACCAAGUCUCAAUGGAAGGAGAAUUUCUGACUUACAAGUUGUUUCUAAGGAAGUCCAAACAGAACCAGCAGACAAUGAACCACCCGAUUACAAGAGUCUAGUUCCUUUGGAGCGAGCUGUUAUAAAUGGACAUUUAUAUGAAGAAAGUGAUAAUGAAGAUGAUGAUAAUGAUGAUGAGCAACCAAUAUCCUUCAAAUGCAAUUCCUCUGUUGCAAAUGCAGUAAAUAACAGUAAACUUUGGAUACCCUGGAUGAAAUCCAAGGAAAGCUAUAUUAAAAAUGGGAAGGUUCAUGCCAAGCAGAAUGGAAACUGCAUUCAGCCUGGAAAUUUAGUUCUAAGUCACACUCCAGGCCAGCCUCUUCACAUAAAAGUUACUCCAGAUCAUGGACAAAACACAGCCACUCUUGAAAUAACAAGCCCUACUGCAGAAAGUUGUCAUUCUUUUACCAGCACAGCUGUCAUACCCCACUGUGGCACACCAAAGCAAAGGAUAACUAUCAUUCAAAAUGGGUCUUUAACUCCUAUAAAAUCUAAAGUAGCUGAUACACACUCAAGUCCAGAACAAGCGAUGUCACCUCGAUCUCAGACUCCUGAGUCAUGUAGCUCUAUAACUCCUGAAAGAACAAUGUCCCCUUUGGCUCUUACAACCUCCUCAAGUUCCCUUGAGCAGUUUUCACCAGAGCCUCUGGAAAUUGGUGACAAGCAUACUGUCUUUCGAGUAUCUCCUGAACGGCAGUCAUCUUGGCAGUUUCAAAGAUCAAACAGUUCUGGUUCUAGUGUAAUAACUACUGAAGAUAAUAAAAUACAUAUUCACUUGGGAAGCCCUUUUGUUCAAACUGUUCCUAAUUCAGCAAAAGCAACUAGUCCUUGCACACCUGUGCAGGAUAACAGAACUCCAGCAUUACCUAAUGGAAUGCCAAGCAAACAGGUCAACAAAAUCACCAGCAGCAUCACUAUUACUCCAACAGCCACUCCUCUCCCAAGACAGGCACAAAUUACAAUUGCUGAUGUCUUCCGUCAAGCAAUUCCUGCUCGGACUCCUAAACCAACUGUGGUACCUGUGAAGCCAUCUACUGGACAACUCAAGGCAUCACUUCAAGACACCAAAGAUGUAAAAUCACAUAUAACCAAAAGAGUUCCCAGUGUUGUCAUUCAAAAUAGUGGCAAAACAUAAGACCCACCUGAUAUGAAACAAUGACUUAAUUUUGAGUACUGCAGAUACACUACAGAAUUAUUUCUCAUGAUUGCUGCAAGGAAAAGGUAAUAUUAACACACUUUUUGGGGUGGAUCAGUUUUUACACUGGAAUUAUUAGGCAUCAGGACAUCCUUACAUAAAGCUUCAAUCAUCCACAAUCAAUCCUGGUCCAUAUUCCUGAUUUGCUUCAAGUUAAACAUAGCAUUUGUGCUGUAAAAGUAACUGGGAAGUGUGUAGCUAAUUCAAAUGUUAGGUCCACCAAAGCAGUCGAAUGAUGCCCAAAAAAACAGUGGGCAUAAUCACAGGAGAUGGUUUGUUGUUUUUAAAACGGCUCACACUUCAAGGAAACAGAUAAGCUAAACUGAUGCUAAAACUUUGGCUCUGAUAACAGGAAAGGAAAAUACAGUACCACAAAUAAGUGGUUGGAAAAAGAGACGAGACAUCCAGGGACAACAGCAAUUAUUGUCAAGUGACCUGAAAAUUGCCUGCUCCCUCCAUCUGAUCUGUUCAUGCUUCCACACUGAUAUCUUGAAAGCUUUUCCCAGAUUUUCAAAGCGGGGACUGGCAGACGUUAAAAUGCUAUUCACCUAGUACAGGACUAUGUCAGCUACAUUCACAAUUCAAUCUCUCCUCUAGCCUUAAAGGGAAAGUCACUCUUUAAAGUCAGAAGACAAAAGACCACAGAGAUUGGCAGCUACAAAAAUGCUCUAGAAGAACAGAGCACUUUGGCACACUCUUUCAUGACAGAAGACAGCCCAUGGAGCUGCAGAAGAAAUACAGAGGAAUGCUAGAGGGACUGUCAAUAUGCAUGGCAACCCAGUAAGAGGGGUUACAUGCAUCACUGGUGCCAAAUGACAGACAUGUUUCAUAACGGGCUGUAUAGGAUGAAAUGAAUUACUGUCCCCAAAAUGCAUAUUUGAAAAGGCACUUCAACUUUCAAGAACUGAUAUGGUGCAUAUUUUUAUGAUUGCCAUGUGUUUUAUGUGUCAAAGAGACUGACACAACAUGUUGAAAGAGAAUAUAUUUUUAAACUGGAAAUUUAUUCUUUUAAAACCAGUACGCAUGUUUGUAAAGACAGGCCACAAACAAUUUCCUGUAUUGCGUUAUAAAGUAAAUUCUUUUACUAUUUAUAUAACUAGUAAUAUAAAUUAUUGAACCACAUUUCUAUUGGGCUAUCCAAAGGGGAGGAGGUGUACUUGUUUCUUAAAUCUAAAGAGAAUUGAAUUGUUUAAAUCCAAUGAGGGCCAUGUGGCAAAAAUAAGAGGAAGCACGCAGGAAGAUACAGCAUUAUUUGGUAUCAAAUGUCAUGUGAAGUCCUCAGAAGAAGUACAUAACUACCAAGGAAGAGAUGGGUAGUUUGAAGAAGGCAGAGGCUGCUUCUGAAUGAGAUGCAAUAUGAUUCCCUUCCAAACACAUGUGCAUAAACAAAACAGUGGAGUGACAAGAUGCAGAAUGCCUCUUCCAAUGUGUGCAAAACAUUGCAAUUCAUCAAAACGCUCUUGGUAUUAGCUUGAUUGCCCAAGAGAGGAGUGUACAUUGCUUGUUGCUCUUCUUUAUUUCAUUCCAGGGAAGACUUAAAUGUUCUCCUUGAAGCAAACUAGAAGGCUAAACUUGGAAACCUUUGCUAUCUAGACAGGGUGUUAUCAGAGUUGUGCAAUGAUUCUAAAUCCUUCACCAAACACACAGAAUAUUUGAGCCCAUCUGCCCCAGCACAAACCGGGAAUUCAUCUAGCAAACUGUUGUUGGAUGCCUAAAGGACAAUAACAUAAUACUCAGUCCACAAGCAAUGGGGGAAAUCCCCCCUCUGAAACAAAAUAAUCCAUGUUGGAUGGGAGAAGCACAAUAACUCUCAAUAAGUCAAUAAGGUAUUUUUUUAACAGGCCAA